AUGGUCGAAGCGUUUAGUCCGGGAGUGCCCAAAUCACCUCAAAUUGCAAUCAAAUUUUAUGGGCAUCAAUUGAGCCCAUAUGAACAAUCAGAGAUUCAUAAUUAUUCAGAGAUCUACUUUUUGGGACAACACGCCAAGAAAUAUCAAGCGAUGCCAGACAACCCAGCCAUGAACUAUGGUUAUGACGAUGAACGAGGAGACUAUAAGAGCGUGGUGAGUGAUCAUUUGGCCUAUCGAUAUGAGAUCCUAGAGGAGCUUGGACGUGGAUCCUUUGGACAGGUCGUCAAGUGCCUCGAUCAUAAAACAAACAUGACAGUUGCCGUCAAGUUGAUACGAAAUAAAAAACGAUUCUAUGCUCAAGCCAAGACCGAGGUGAAGAUUCUUAGUGAUUUGAUCAAGUGGGAUCCUGAGGAUAGACAUCAUAAUGUGAAAAUGACGGAUCAUUUCUAUUUUAGAAACCAUUUGUGCAUCGCUUGUGAAUGCCUCAGCAUGAACUUGUAUGAAUUUAUAAAGAUUAAUAAUUUCCAAGGUUUCCAUAUUCCUUUGAUCAAGAGGUUUACAGUACAGCUAUUAAGGUCACUUUCUCUGCUUGCUAAACAUGGCGUUAUUCACUGUGAUUUAAAGCCAGAGAACAUCUUGCUCAAGCAUCCUUCCAAGAGUACAAUCAAAGUCAUUGAUUUUGGAAGCAGUUGUCUCGAAACUGAGCGAGUGUAUACCUAUAUUCAAAGUCGAUUUUACCGAUCCCCAGAGAUCAUACUUGGUCUUGAUUAUACCAAAGCCAUUGAUAUGUGGAGUCUUGGAUGUAUUAUUGCUGAACUUUAUACGGGUAUACCACUAUUCCCAGGUGAAAAUGAACAAGAGCAAUUGGCUUGUAUUAUGGAAGUAUUAGGCGUGCCUGAUAUGGAAUUAAUUCAAUUAAGUGAACGAAGGCAUCUGUUCUUUGACCGUCGAGGUGAACCCAGAGUGGUAUGUAAUUCUCGGGGCAAGAAACGUAAAGCAGGAAGCAAGACAUUGAGUCAAGCGCUGAGAUGUAAUGAUCCCUUAUUCUUGGAUUUUAUUAAACAAUGCUUAGAAUGGAAUCCUGCAAAGCGUCUAAGCCCUGAUAAGGCUUUCCAACACGAAUGGAUUUUACAGUCUACCAAGCAAACAAAAGAUGCACCAAGGUAA